AAUAAUCAUGUGGAAAAUAAAAGUAAUAUUUCAAUAAGUAAUAUAAAUUAUAAUGACAUUUCAAAGAGUUUGACAGAAAAGGAAUUAUUUGAUGUAUUAAAUUCAUUAGAAGAAUGCCCACCCUUAGAAGAUCUUAAAAAUAUAUGGACUCACACACUUGGUGUUGCAAAAGAAGGUUUGGAUGAUAAAUUAAAAGAGUUAAAAGCACCAAUACAAAAAUACUUAGAUAACGAUAUUUUCCAAUGGGACGGUUUUAACAAACGAUGGUUCUAUGAUUAUAUAUGGAAAGAAUAUCGUAAUAAAUUUUGUCAAUCUGUAAUAACGGAAGAGAUGCAAUACACUCAAAGUUUUUUGUAUUUAAUAAAUCAUAAACAUACACUUGAUGAGAUAUUAAAAUUUAUUUAUUCCUUCUUAGAAUAUUUUCAAAUAUUAAAAAAAGAAUUAUAUGAAAAGCACAAAGAGGAACUUUUAAAAAAACUUGCAAAUAAUAUUGAAUGA